AUGAUUAUAAAAAAUGUAAUGGGCAGGGGAGUGGGGGAUUAUUUUGAUUUUUUUUUCUUUUUUUUUUUUUUUUUUUUUUUUUUCUUCUUUAAAAAAAAAAUUGAUGGUUAUUAUUUUAAUGGAAAGGUCCACACUAUUUUUUUUUUUUUUUUUUUCUUUUUUUAUUUUAAUAAAGAAAACAAUUCAACCAAAUUAAUAAAAUUUAAAAAAAAAAAAAAAAAAGAUUCUAUCCAUGAAUUCUUUGAUUGGUUUGGUGUGGGUUAUUUUUUUUUUAUGUUUGAAAUCAUUACAAUCUUUUUUUUUUAA